AUAAUUAAAAAAGAAAAAGAAAAGAAAGAAAAGUGAAAUACUUCACUGAAUCGUAGAAUCCUACAAUUAGCUCAAUCCAAUCACUCCAAAAGCAUAAACGCAAAGGCAAGCAUUCAGACGAACAACACACUCUCGUCUCUCUCUGUGAUAUCAAUGGAUGAAAUUAAGCACAAUUACAUCGAAGUCGACGGGUUAAAGCUCCAUGUAGCUGAAAUUGGGUCUGAAUCAUCACCGGCGGUGGUUUUUCUUCACGGAUUUCCGGAGAUCUGGUACACAUGGCGCCAUCAAAUGAUUGCCGUCGCAAACGCCGGUUUCAGAGCAAUUGCACCCGAUUACAGAGGAUACGGGCUAUCCGACAUCCCUGCAGAACCGGAGAAGACCUCAUUAGUUGAUUUGGUCAAAGAUACUGCCUCGAUCCUAAAUUCUCUCGCCAUUUCUAAGGUGUUUGUGGUUGGUAAAGAUUUUGGAGCAAUGGUUGCCUACCCGUUCGCCCUUUUAUACCCAGAGAAAGUUGCCGGAGUUAUAACACUUGGUGUGCCAUUCAUGCGGCCUGGUGGUCCUAACCAUCUUCAAACCCUCCCUGAAGGCUUCUACAUCCGAAGAUGGCAGGAAUCUGGAAGAGCUGAAGCUGAUUUUGGUCGUUUUGAUGCUAAAACAGUGGUGAGAAACAUCUACAUUUUGUUCUCUAACAGUGAAAUACCAAUAGCCCCUGAAAACCAGGAGAUUAUGGAUUUAGUGGAUUCAUCCACUCCUCUACCCUCUUGGUUCACUGAGGAGGAUCUUGAAAUAUACGGGGAUUUAUAUCACAAGUCUGGAUUUCAAACCCCACUCCAAGUUCCUUACAGGUCAUUCUCAGAGAAAAUUAAAUCUCCAAACCAAAAUGUGAUUGAUCAAAAAGUGGAAGCUCCAGCUUUGUUUAUAAUGGGUGAAAAAGAUUAUGUUUUCAAGUUUCCUGGAAUGGAGGAAUAUCUGAAGAGUGGUGAGGUCAAGAAAUAUGUACCAAAUCUGGAAAUCAUAUACUUGCCUGAAGGUUCUCAUUUUGUUCAUGAACAAUUCCCUCACCAGGACACCAUAAGGUUAAGUUUGUGGGAUUUGAACAUGAGAGGACUACAUUUUACAGUGUUUAAAUCUCGAAGUAAUUACCAUUAUGCCACCAUGACUUUUGUUUGUGACAAGAUAUCAAGAUUUCAUUCCAAGUAUGGUCAUGGUUACUUUUUUUUCUUUUGA